AUGACUCCUGCGGCGGAGGCAGUCUGUGUCCCUGCACACUCGGUGCUGCCAGGGUCAUCACAAGCCAAGCAGUUGUGCCGACUUCAUGCUCAUCUCUUACAGGGGCAGAGCUGCCACAGGCAAAAAAAGUCUUGUGUCUAUGCGCACAGGGUCACUUUGGUCUUGUCUGACCCUUUGCAACCCAGUAGACUGUGGCCUGCCAGGCGUCUCUGUCAGGGAGGGCGGUUCCCUAGGCAAGAACACUGCAGCGUAUUGGCCGCUACUGGUUGCCAUGUGCUCCUAGAGACUAUAUUGCCUGCUGCCCUAGCUGCCAACCCCCGAGUACCUGGUGCUGCCAGAACCCCUGCAAAUCAAGCAGCUGCACCACCUACACACCUGGCCCCCACAGAGGCAGACCCAAGUCCUCCAGGGCAGCCUCAGGAGCAAACCCCAGUGGACAACCCCCGUGCAGAGGUGGAAAUAAAGCCACAAUUGAAACCCAGGGGCAGUGUGACUAAGGAAGAAGACCCAAAACCUUCCCCCCAGCUGUACAAGCUGCAGAUUGAAUCCACACGAUCAACUAGGCAGACUGUGUCUACGGAAUAUAUAAAAGGCCACUGA